AUGGAAAAUAAGACAACGAUUUACGUUUGUCUUGGUGGCACUGAUGAUACACACCAAUUGGAGGGUCUCGAUGUGAGAAAUUUAAUAAUGCGCAUUCAGGAAAUUAAAGUUGGUCAAAAGACAACACCCAUCACCUCACCAUUCAUCGGUCAAAUCCGACACUUUACAUUCAAUGGAGUGGAUCCUCUUUUGGAGCCGGAAUACCUCGUUGAAACGCCCCAGUUAAAGAUGUCUCCUGCAGUCUUUCUCAUGGACGUUCAGCCGGCAAUAACCCUGAAGACGCCAGACUGCUUUCUGCGUCUACCACGGUUGAACCUCUACGGAACUUUUCAAUUAAUAUUUUCGUUGAAGACAUAUCAAGAAGACGGUGUGGUGUUGUUUAACUCUGGUGGAGGCGAUUUUCUUGCUGUGGAGCUAGUGAGAACUCAAUUAACGGUCUCUUUUGAUAUGGGCCAUGGUUCAACUCUUCAGCACCAAAGAAUCGGGAGAGGGUUUCUUAGCGAUGGAAACUGGCAUCAAAUUAUCAUUUCAAGACGCUUCGCUUGCGCCUUCUUUGCAUUCCAUAAAGCCCUUGAAUUCGGUCAGAAAUUUGUGUAUUUUGGUAAGGGGCUUUACUUCUUUAUGAAAUCCAAAGUGAAGAGAAAUGGACAAAUGGAUGAGUUUUUACGCAUUCAAAUUAAGUCAGAAUUUGGAGACGAGGAGGACUACAAUCUAACCAUCCCAUCAGUGGUCACAGCCAGGAAUUUCAACUUUGAUGAGCCCCUCUAUCUAGGAGGCAUUCCAAACGAAGUACGGCUUCGUUUUUCCGAGAAAAUAAUCUCUAAGCAUGGAAUUCAGGGUUGUAUUGGUGGAUUCGGCGUAAACAAUCAAACUCAAAUGGACAUUGGGACGUUGGCGGAGGUGACGAUGGGUGAGAAUCGGACCAGUCUGGUGUGCAAGUGGCAGGUGGUACAGGGAUGCCUGGAGCGCCCUUCGGAGGCACCAAAGUGCACAGCUUUCGCUCAACAGCGACGACUGCCCUACUGCCUAAACGGUGGUGUCUGCCUGCAUGUCUGGGCGUCGUUAAGGUGCUCCUGUGAAAUGACCACAUUUACUGGCAAUCGAUGCCAUUUACCCGGAACCUCAUUAAAAAUCGGCAGUUCAACGAGAGAUGGGAAAGAGAGUCGGGCCUACGUAAAAUACACUUACCUUCACGACCACCAAAACACGAAUCGUGAGGAAAUCGCUCUGGGUCUUCAGGUUGCCCAGGCCUUUUCCCCUACUCGUUGCACUCUCCUUUAUGUGGACACCAAGCAGGGAAAUGUGGACUUCCUGCAUAUUUAUUUGGAUUCGGGGUUAGUUAAUCUUGUCUUCAACAUGGGUGGUGGAGUGGUCCAACUGAGGGAACAGCGACGACGUCUAAAUGAUGGCAAUUACCAUCGCAUUCGCAUCUUUCGACAUGGACUUGCGAUACUGCUUGAAGUGGACGAAUUAACCACGAAGCACAUUUCGAAUGGUCCACACGGCGAACAGUUCAACGACCAGCAUACAAUUUGGUUAGGACACGCUCCUGCUACGGAAAACUAUACCGACGCCUUUCGUGGUGUUCUUUCAGGUGUAUUUUACAACGGGCUUCCACUAUCCGAUCUGGCGGCGGGUCUGUCGCAUCGAGCUGAUGUGCAUGUCACUAGGCAUUCGGACAUUCAAUAUCUUGCCAACUUCAAAAUUAGCCUUGCUCCUAACUCCUUCUUUCGGCAGUAA